AUGAAUAAACCAAUUACAAUUACAUCAUCAAUAAAACAAAAUGAUAUAAUAGAUGUCGAUAGAUCCUUAGUUCAACCAGGUUCAACUGAUCAAAAUGUUAAAUCAAAUAAUCAAGUUAAUAAAGAAUCAGGUAUCAAACGUCAAUGGGAAGAACUAGAUGAAGAUAAAAGUAACCGACAAAAUUGUGAACCAAUAAUGAUUACUGAUGAUUAUUUUGAUUACAAUCAAGAUUUACAAGAAGAUUUUACUUAUACAAUUCAAUCAUUCUAUGCUCCAACUACUAAUAGAAUCAAAAUGGUAUCAAUUCUUCGUCAACUUUAA